AUACGAUACAAACAAAGCACACAGAUCAUUUUAAUGUAGCAACUAGCAACGUUCAUUUGGUAAUAUUGGUUUGAGUCACUCUGUUGUGCGACGAGUAAGUUUCUUCAACUUGUAGUUUAAAGUUAAUUUUUUUAGCUGACAAUGCCCUAACUCAUAGUUCGGUAAAUUGAGAUGAGUUAUUUAAAAAAAUUAUAUUGGAGUAAUCGAGAGUCUUCAAUAGAAAAAAAAAUGGCUGGUAACGAGGGUAUGGAAAAUUUAAUCACACUUGUCAAUCGUCUUCAAGAUGUGGCAACUCGUUCAGGGGUGGCUAUGGACAUGGACUUGCCACAAAUUGCUGUUGUUGGAGGUCAAAGUGCUGGCAAGUCAUCAGUACUUGAGAACUUUGUUGGACGGGAUUUUUUACCAAGAGGAUCUGGAAUCGUUACUAGACGUCCUCUAGUUCUACAACUUGUUAAUAAUGGCAGUCGAAAAGAAGAAUAUGCUGAAUUUUUGCAUUGUCCCAAUGAAAAGUUCACUGAUUUUGACGAAGUUCGAAGAGAAAUAGAAGAAGAAACUGAUAGAGUAAUUGGUGGAAAAGGGAUAUCGAAUAUUCCUAUUAAUCUUCGAGUUUUCUCACCAAAAGUGUUAAAUUUAACAUUGGUUGACCUUCCUGGUUUAACCAAGGUCGCAAUUGGAAACCAACCACUUGACAUUGAAGCACGUAUCCGUAACAUGAUACUAGAAUUCAUAUCCAAAGAAUCAUGUUUAAUUUUGGCUGUCACACCUGCCAACACAGAUCUCGCUAAUAGCGAUGCCUUGAAGCUGGCAAAAGAAGUCGAUCCAAAAGGCACAAGGACAAUUGGUGUCAUUACAAAGUUGGAUUUGAUGGAUGAAGGUACCAAUGCUCGUGAUAUUCUUGAAAAUAGAUUAUUGCCAUUGAGACGAGGCUAUGUUGGUGUGGUUAACAGAAGCCAAAAGGCGAUCAAUGACAACAAAGAAAUUGUUGCUGCCAUCGAUGAAGAAAAACAGUUUUUUCAAUGCCAUGGAGACUAUAAACAUAUGGCUGAAAAACUUGGUACACCUUAUCUUCAAAAAAUUUUAAAUCAACAGCUUUCAAGUCACAUUCGUGAAACAUUACCAGCACUAAGAAAAAAAUUACUGGACCAAAUGAAGGCUUUUGAAAAAGAUAUGAAACGUGAAGAUAUGAAUCUCGAUGAAUCAGCUGUUAAGACAAAAACAAUGAUUUUGUUGAUGAAUCAACUCGAAGCAGUUUUCAUCAACGCAAUUGGCUGUUAUGAGUCCGAUAAUAUUGGGAAAAGUUUGAAUAAUGGAUCCAAAAUCCACUACUUAAUGCACGAACAUUUUCCUCAAGAAAUCGAAAAAAUAAAGCUAAGUGACGAUGAUUUGUGUCAACAAAUUAAACUUGCUAUUUUAAACAUUCGUGGUGUUAGAUCAGGUAUGUUUACUCCAGAUAUGGCUUUUGAGGCUGUUGCCAAAGAACAAAUUGCCCAUUUAAAAGAGCCAGCAAUGAAUUGUAUCAGCCAGGUUGUGUCAGAACUGCAGGAACUACUUGAUGACUGUACACAACUGAUGGAUAAAUAUCCAAAAUUACGUGAGAUGGUUGAUGAAAAAUUAAUGCUACAUGUCAGAGAGUGUGAAGAAAAAUGUCAAGAGCAGCUUUCUGCUCUUUUGGAGUAUGAAUUAUCGUAUAUAAAUACGAAACAUAUUGAUUUCGUUGGACUCAAAGGAGUGAAAUCACAAUUAGCUUAUUAUCAAAAGGGUGACAAAGAGAGAGAGGAUAAUAUGAAUGAUGAUGAUAAUCAAAAAGUAUUUGAUAUUACAAAUAUUUUAAUUGAAGAUAUCAAAAAUAAUGGAAUCAUCGAUCGCGAAGUUGAAAUAUUUGAAAUAUUGGUCAACUCGUACAUGACGAUUGUCACCAAAACUGUUCAAGAUCUUGUUCCAAAAACAGUAAUGUGUUUAAUCAUCAAGAAGAUCAAGAAUUUUAUCAAGCUGGAACUUUUGUCUCAACUCCUGGCUGAAGAAGACAUUUUCACAUUAAUGGAACUUUGUAAGGAUGAAAAAAAUAAACGUGAUGAUUUAGUACGUAUGUACCACGCUACCAAAGAUGCAUUGAAAAUUGUGAGAGAAGUUUCAUCAUCAAUCUCAAAAAAUGGAGUUUGAAUAAAUAAUUAUCUACUAUAAGCAAAAAUCGUUCUUCAUAUUGAAAUCAUUUAUUUAAUUUCAACG